AUGGCGGAUCAGCUGCGGCGGCUAUUGGAAAGCGGAAAGCUGACGGACGAACAAUGCCUUUCUUUUUUGAGGGGAUUAGUUUUCGAUAAAGAAAAUCCAAAUAGAUUCGACAACCGGAAAUCUCUGGUGCAGUUGUUGGACUUGCGGAAUUCAACUGAAGAAGUAUGGGGCCCUAUGUUGCGCCACUUUCAUGAAGAAGAAGAUGUGGAUUACCUUCGCCAAAGAGAUGAUAGUCAGGGUUUCGAUUUCGAUCCUGACGUUCGUAUUCCACGUAUUUACGGAAUCUCACCAUUUUAUUUUGGCGUAGAAGAACAACCACCUACUGAAAUGGCUCUCUACGGCCGGUUGGGAGUUCAUUGGUUCAACUUUGAGAAUAAUAGGAACUUGGAGUUCAUACGCAUACCUAAAUUGAAUACCGAUCAUCCCUUUGCUACGACUUACUAUAUUACUGUCGACGUUAAAGAUGUUGAUGCUGCUGCUGAUCAUUCUCUCACUUUGCAAACUAUGGUCAGAAGACCUUUCAUUGACGAGUUUAUUCUCUACAUGGAACACUGCCGAAUCAAACUCACACCAGUGGAAAGAGAUGCUACUGGCUUUAACUUCUACCAUAGUUUUGUGCCAGAUAAGUUUUACCAAGGACCUAUGCCUGCCUUUUUGUCGGAGCCACCAGAAGAUGCUGAUGAUAAUGAUGCUAUGAGAUUCUACGAGGUUCCGGACAUGGACAUUGAUAAAUAUGAUUGGCUUCUUCUAUAUGCCGAGUUUGCACUUUUCCAUGUUUGCGAAAAGGCUGGAUCUCAUUCUUUCCUGCCUGAGGAGAUUGAGAUGAAGAAUGUACUUGUGGAAACCCUAGAAACUCAUACCGAGCCGUCUCUGAAGCUCAAGUCUAUGAAUGCUAUCUUCCACAUCAGCUUCAGGGUCAACAGUUUCGACUACAUAACUGUAGUAAGGAGAACUAUUGAUCGGGUUCCAGGACAUAUGUUUCUCGAAGUCGAUUGCCCCAAAGAACCUUGA